CCGCCUGCCGCCGUACCUGCGACUUCCCCCUGUCUCCACCUCCGCCACUCGGUGUUUCCAGCGCCUCUCCGGACCUCGCAGAUCUCUCGCCGUCGCCUUAUUUCUUGAUCUUGAUCUUCUUGAUCAAGAGAGAGAGAGAGAGAGGUAGUGAUGGAGAAAGAGGAGGACAUAUGGAAUCAGAAGAAGCAAACCCUAAUUGAGGAAGUGUCCGAGAAGCUCAUCAAUGGCGAUCUCGAUUCCAAGAUUCAAGCCGCCAGAGACAUCCGGAAGUUAGUCAGGAAGUCCUCCGUCAAGACUCGCUCCAAGUUCGCCGCCGCCGGAGUCAUACAACCCCUCGUUUCCAUGCUCUUCUCUCCCACCUUCGAACCUCGCCAAGCUUCUCUCCUCGCCCUCCUCAAUCUCACCGUCAGAAAUGAACGAAACAAAAUCAGGAUAGUAACAUCCGGUGCCAUCCCCUCUCUUGUUGAGCUCCUCAAGUUCCAGAAUAGCAGUUUAAGAGAACUAGCAACUGCCGCCAUUUUAACACUCUCAGCUGCCGAACCUAAUAAGCCAACAAUAGCAGCUUCCGUAGCCGCACCGCUUCUUGUUCAGAUCCUCAGUUCAGGAACCAUUCAAGGAAAAGUCGAUGCUGUCACAGCCCUCCACAACCUCUCCACGGGUUCAGAAAACCCCACUCAUUCUCUCUCUCCUAUUUCUACUUUCCAACC